AUGGAACGGCAGACAAUGUCGAAGAUGGCGGGGGCGACGACAGACGGUGAAGGUGUCGCUGAAUCAUAUGACAUCAAAAGGUUAGAAGCGGAGACAAAACUGGAGGAAAUGCGUAGAACUGAUGAGAGACUGAGGGAAGCGAGUCUUCGAGAUCAUGAAUUUCGGUUGAAGGAACUUGAACUGCGUGCUCAACAAACACGGGAAACCCCUUCUAACACUGCACUUCGAGCCAUAGAAUGGAGUAACUUUUUCGCCAAAUCGUUGAAACAUUUGUUGGGGCCAUGUCCAACCGACAUCAGAGAUGUACCAGCAUAUUUUGUCCGAAUAGAAAAGAUUUUCAAUAACCAUGAUGUGGAUUGGGACAUUAGGGCGAAUUUAUUAAUGAUGAAUUUAAAUGAUGGAAUGAAGUCCUGGCUUGAUAACCUCAGUGGAGAAGACAUGCGAGAUUAUGCGAAGGUAAAACAACAUUUACUUCGAGAAUAUCGUAUUAACCCCGUUCGUUUGCGAGAUGAAUUUUUCACAAUGCGAAGACAGAAGGAGGAGUCGUUUGUUAUGUUCGCUCAUCGACUGCACAACACGCUUCAGUUUUACUUCCAAAGUCGUGAAGUUGAUUCAUUUCAAAGUGUGGUAAAUUUGAUUUGCGCCGACCGCCUGAAGGAACUUCUUACGAAAAACGUGUUAGAAUUCGUGUUAAGAAAUGGACGACUGGAUGGGUUAUAA